AUGGCGAAAGUUUCCCAUACACUGCAAAAAGGUGUUGUCGUCCAGCACACCGCCAAAGCCCAUAACCUAAAAGGUCAACUGCCUGAAGGGAGCAUGGAAUCUUUGACAACAACCAUUCGUUUCGUCACGCUGAACUGCCAAACACUAUCGAGUGAACUCCAACAAGCCGUUCUAUCCAGAUAUCUCUGUGUGCCUUUUGGUGCACUGCAGGAAACACGCAUGAGGGAUCGGCCCGUCAUCAGCAUCAAAAAUAACACCAUAUGCGAUGCUGAUGAGAACAAAGUAGGUGGCGGCGCGAUAGCUGUGAGGAACGAUUGCAAGAACCUGGUGGAGGAAUUUGGCUCAACGCCGUCUAGAUGCGCUUUUCUACGACUGCGGGAUCGCAGAGAACGUAAACUCUGGAUCGUAAGUGCUCACGUACCUACGGAAACCGCUGAGGACAACAGUAAGGACGCCUUCUAUGAUGAACUCAAUGCGUUGAUGUCUAAAAUGCCAAGCCAGCAGGUGGUCAUUGUCGGAAUCGACGCAAAUGCGAAGAUGGGACUCGAACAGCAAUCCGAUGUGCUAGGAAAAUGGUACUAUGCAGCGGAGCGCACGUCGGACAACGGUGACCGUCUGGUCGACUUGUGCGAACAGACGGGCCUCAUCAUCGCUUCCACGUUCAGGAGGAAUCCUCGACGCCAUCAGCUUACGUGGCAGGGGUCAACCCUUUUAACGCCUGAAGAGCAGCGCAAGCGGGAGAUGAGGACUUUUGAACUUCAGCUCGACUACGUUCUGUCGAGGAACAUUCCUCAGUCAGAUAUCUGA